AUGCCGGUGAGUGCGAGGUCUGUGUCGCCGAGAGUGGCUCAGAUGCUGGACGAUUUCCGGAGGGAGAUGCUGAAGGAGGAUGGCGAGGAGUGCGUCAGGGCCGCGGAGGUGAAGAAUUACGUGGACCCGCACUUCCGCCGCAAGAAGGACAUGCUGAUGCUGGCCAGGCGUAUGGCUCUGGCCGGGAUGUUGUGCCGCUGCGAGUCGAAGGUGGACGAGGUCGGGCUCUUCUGUGUGGUGAAGAAGGCCGAGAUCGUGGAUGGCGAGCCCUUGGUGUCAUUGCGUUUGGUGUUCGACCAGCGGCGCUCCAACUUACGAUGGCGGGCGCCGCCGUGGUGUGCCAUGGGCGGGGUCAGUGCCAUGUCGUUUUUGGACGUGUCCGAGGAGAUGACGGAGGAGGGCGCUCGAAUGGUUUUCGGGACUGGCGACCUCCCCGACUUCUACUACACGUUGGACUUGGGCGAGGCGAUCGCGCCCUACUUCGUGCUGCCUGGUGUCCGUGCUUCGGAGCUUCUCGACGCUCUCCCCUCGGACGCCCGCCUGAGCGGGUCGGGCGAGCAUGUUGGUGUGCGUGUGGCGCUGAUGGGUUUCUCCUGGGCCUGUUGGAUGGCCCAGACGACUAUGGAGGACCUGUUCAACUCUGGUCCCUCCAUGGGCAUGCCCGCCCUCGCCGAGGAGCAGCGGCUGGCAGAAGGAGGCCCGCUGCCCUUGAUCAGUCGGGAGGUUCCUGCGGCCCACUACGAGUACAUCGACGACUUCGGCAUCAUCGGGGUGGACUACCCUCCCGUCGCCGACGCCGAGCCGCCCACGCAGGUCAGGGAUAUCUGGUUGGGAGCCAAGUACUUGGUGAACGCCGCGGGUUUCAAUGUGCACAAGGACGACUGCUCGGGGCAGGCUCGGAUGAUCGGUGGAGACUUCGUGGGCACACGCCUUGCCCCGAACCAGGACAAGAUGUGGCUGGCCGUGGCCGGGGUGAACGAGAUCCUCAGGCAGGGGUCGGAGUUCCCGGACGCGGUGGCCAAGAUCGUGGGUAUCCUGUCCUGGGGCUUCUUGAUCACUCGAGGGGCUCUGAGCGUCUUCUCGGAGGUCUACCACUGGUGCAUGGAGUUCCGAGGGGGCCCCCGCCGUCGGGUGCCCGACGAGGUUCGUCGCGAGCUGGCCGUGGCAGCGGCUGUGGUGCCGUUGGUGUCUGUCGACCUGGCCAUGCCCUGGGACCCCACGGUGACGAUGUUCGACGCGAGCCUCUACGGCGGGGCCAUCAUCUCCGCCCAGGCCGACACCCAGGAGAUGCGUCGCGAGGCGUAUCGGCGAGUCGCCGAGGGAGUCGAGCUCGGGAUGCGCGUGAGAGCACCUCCGGCGCCGAAGGAGCGACUGCAGGGCGAGACCGUGCUGCCCGCCGAGACGGGUCAGGUGAUCGAGGAGUUGGCGGACAUCGCGGAGGAGGACCCCUUCGCGCCGCUGCGGCUGGGUCGGUCCGUGAAGGCGAAGGUGCUGCGCUUCUUCCACCUCUGCAGCGGCCACACGCGGUCGGGCGACCUGGAGUUCUGGCUCGCUCGUCUCGCGGCCAGUCGGGGGUAUGUGAUGCAGUGCACGAACGUGGACAUCGGGUUCGGGCCGGAGUUCGACCUGUCCGAGGAGGUGAACGUGCGGAGGCUGGAGCUGCUCGCCGAGCUGGAGGUGGAUGGAGGCCAUGCUGGACCCUCGUGCGCUACGUGGUCGAGGGUGCGCUUCCAGCCCGGAGGACCCCCUCCGGUGCGCCUCCGCUCACACCCGUGGGGCCGCCCUGGUCUCCACGGCGCCGACUUGAGGAAGGUGGAGAUGGGCUCGGCGCAGUUGUUGAGCAGCCUGCGCGUGCUCAGGGCGAUCGCCCUCCGAGGUGGCUCAGUCUCGCUGGAGCAUCCUGCCGACCCAGGGAAGCCUCCGUUUCCCUCGAUCUUCGCAACGCCCGAGGUGCUGGAGUGGGAGGAGGUUCUCGGUGCCUACAGGGUGACCUUUCCUCAGUGCAUGUGGGGCUGCCCCGCUCUCAAGUUGACUACUAUCUCGGGGACAGCCAAGCACCUGCAGCGACUCAUUCGCCCAUGUAUUCACAAGAACCACACAGCGAGCCUGUGCGGGAAGGACGAGACUGGCCGUUUCAGGACGCGGGUUGCUCAGGCCUACUCGUCCGAGCUCUGCCGCGUGCUGGCGGAGUGCCACCUGGACGCUAUGCUGGACGGGCGCGAGCGGCGCGAGGCGGAGUUCACGGAGAGGGCCGUGGAGCUGCUGAUCAAGGAGACGCUCGAGCGGAGGCGGCGCAACAUACGGGACAUCGACGUGCUGCCCGCCUCCUUCCUGGAGACCUCGGAGGCUGGGCUUUCGCUUCUGCCCUACUCGGUGGGCAAGAAGACGGCCCUCAACUGCUACGUGCCCAACGUGCGGCGCUUCCUAGAGUUCGCGCUGGACCUCGACCUGCCCAUGAUGAGCAGGGAGGAGAUCGACAAUUCCAUCCUGGUCUACUUGGACUACCUGGUCGAGGACGAGGAGGUGGGCCCGCACAGGGGCGACUACGUGGUGCACGGCAUGGCGUUCGUUUGGCCUGAGCUGUCCACGGGCCUCCCGCGCGCCAAUCGGGCGUUGCGGGCGUGGCACAAGAUGCACGUGGCCGGCGAGGGUGGGCCUCAGCCGCUCGAGGUGUGGGCUGCCCUGGACGAGGCCAUGAGGCUGGCCGGGUCCGUGGAGGCAGCAGAUGCAGCGGCGCUGGCGGUCGACGCCUACCUCCGCUCGGCUGAGGUCUUCGCGCUGCGAGCCGAGGACAUCGUGGACGCCGACGACGACGUGGUGGCGAUCAAGCUGGGAGUGCAGGAGCGGAACGAGCGCACCAAGACCGGAGUGAGGCAGGGCGUGCUGAUCGACCGCCCGCACAUCGCCGACAUGCUUCGGGCGCGCAAGGCCGCCAAGAAGCCGGGCGAGCUGGUCUUCGGCUGCUCGGUGGAGGCCUACCGUCGUGCUCUUCGGAAGGCCAGCGACGACAUCGGCAUCGCCGCCUUCCCUGCCCACUCAGCGAGGCACUCGGGCCCCAGCCACGACGCGGCGGAGGGCUACCGGACGGUGUGGGCCAUCCAGCGGCGGGGCCGCUGGGCGUCGGAGAAGUCGGUGCUGCGCUACAUGAAGACGCACGCCCUGGUGGCAGCGAGGGCGGCCGUGCCCGCUGCCGUGAUGGCGCGCGGCCGUGAGCUCCUGGCCAGACAGGUGCCGCGCCCAAAGAUGGCGCGAGAGUGA